AUGAGACAUGUUGCUCUUGCCAUACGGGGAGAGAGGAUCAUUGGAAAAUUGGGUGGACAUGCCCAAAAGUUCCAAUCUUAUACGCCUAUCGAAUGGCUGUCUGGAAUUCACUUCCUCUUGUCGAUCACAUCACACGCUUUGAGAGACCAGAAUCUCAAAUUCAUGCACAACACAUUCCGUCUGUCUGGCAAAGGAAAGAAAAAUCCAUACACUUUCGAGGUCAACAUGCUUGGCUCACGCACGUUGUUUACUUCUGAUCCCGAGAACAUUCGAGCCAUGUUAGCAACACAAUUCAAUGACUUCGGGAAAGGCGAAAGGUUCAGAAAAGACUGGUUCGAUCUUAUGGGAAACAGCAUAUUCAACGUAGACGGAAGCGCUUGGCAUGAGUCUCGCCAACGACUUCGUUCGCUCUUCACUCGCCAACGGGUCAGUGACCUCGCUUGUUUCGAGCGCCAUGUUCAAGACAUGACACCCAUGUUGGGCGGAGGCCGCACCGUCGAUGUGAAGGACAUCUUGAGUAGACUUGCACUUGAUGUAUCGGCGGACUUUUCCUUGGGACGACAGAUUAAUUCGCUGACCAGUCACCAAAAUGACGAGUUUUUCGACGCCUUCGAACGUAUCCGCCACAUCCAAUCCUUGAUAGAACGAUUGGGCCCUCUGAACUUUCUCGUCCCUCGACGCCAGUUUCGCCAGGACCUGGAGACUCUAAAUGAUUUUAUGAAACCAACAAGUGAAAAGGCAGUUUCUAUGACUGCAGAAGAGCUCGAGGAGAUGGAUAAGACAGAUCAUGGCUGGACGCUUCUUCAUGCAUGCGCCUCUGUCUCCCGAGACAAACGCUGGCUUCGAGACGAAAUGGUUGCUAUUCUCAUAGCGGGUCGUGACACGACUGCUACAACCAUGUCUUGGGCCUUUUAUGAGCUAGCCAGGAACCCCGACGUCCUAGCUGACCUUCGGCGUGAAAUUGAACUUACGGUUGGCGUUGGCGACUCAUCUCGGGAGCCAACUUACAAAGACCUGAAGAGCAUGUCUUUCGCUACACAUAUUCUCAACGAAACUCUGAGACUGUAUCCGAAUGCACCUUUCAACAUCAGAGCAGCCGUCAAAGACACCAGCUUGCCACAUGGCGGAGGUCCAGAUGGGAAUAGCCCAGUUGGUGUUCGCGCUGGCACUCAGGUCAUCUAUUCCACCCAUGUUUUGCAGCUUCGAGAAGACCUCAAUGCGUACGACUUCGCACCGAUUGAUGAGUUCUGCCCUUGCCGUUGGGACUCGUGGACCCCGAAACCGUGGACGUACAUUCCGUUCAAUGGCGGUCCUCGGAUCUGUGUUGGACAACAGCUAGCUCUGACCAAGAUGGCAUAUGUGUUAGUACGUGUAUUCCAACGAUACAAGAAUGUGCAGUUAGGAGUCUCGCCGGGUCAAGUCCAAUCAAAUGAGUCGGGUUGGACAAGAAAAGGGUCAGAGCCUGAAGGGAUAGAAAGAUUUGUCGGCACACGACUGCGCAUGGCGAGUGAAAUCACUCUCUCUCCUAGAGGAAGUGUUGAUUUGAGAUUUAUCGAGUGA